UGGUCUGCGGCGGGGCGCGCGCCGUGGCCGUUACUGCAACGUUCGCAGGGGCUGCCGACGGUUGGGCGUGCGCUCCGCACCGGGCGACUCCGCCGACCUCGGGGCGCCCGUGACUCGCUCCCUCCCCCCAAGAGGAGGCCGCGGCUGCGGAGGAGACUCAGAGCCUGCGCCUUCGAGGGGGAGGAGGCGGAGCCCCCGCUGCGGUGCCGCGUGCAGCCACCUCGGGAGGCGGGAACUGGAGCAUUGGUGGCUCGAGCUGAACGCCCCGCCCCCCCUCCGUUGUCCGGAUCCUCUCCCAAAUUUAGGGGGAGUUCACUCCCCACUAGGGUAACCCUGAUUGCCGAGCCUCGAAGGAAGCAUCGGAAGUUCUGGGGCCCUUCCCUGCACCAAGACCGGCAGCGAACCCUCCUUUUGACUCCCAUCCAAAGAUUCUUAGUAUUCCCCCCGGCCUCCGAGACUCAGGGACUCCAAUCCCCAUCCGGGAUUCUUAGGAAGUGACACGUGCUGGGCUCACUGGGAAACUCCAAGACUCCGUGGGAGAGUUUGCCUGUUCCUCUCCCUCCAGGAUCGGGGGCUGCACGAGGCACCCCCUCCCAAGAUUGUUAGGGAGUGAGGUCACCGCCUGGAAUACCCGCUCGUGACCAGGACUGGGAGGGAAGAACGAUUGUCUAAACAAUUCCUGCAGAGCUAGGAGACUGCCUGCUGAACUCCAUCCGGACUAGCCCGGCCAAGGACAAAAAAAAAGAAAGCCCAUCCUAUUCUAGAAUCUUCUUUGAGCUUCCCCCCUCCCCAUGGAAUAGUGGCAGGACUUGCUGGCCAAGGAACCUCAAACCCGAAUUUUCCUGAAGAGAGCUUGAAAAGGUGGUUCAGAGCACUUCACUCACCAUCCUGAGAAGCUGGCCCUCUUCCAGUCCAGAUUGAUUCUCUGAAGGACUCUUAAUGUCUUUCUGAAAUUAACUCUUAAGAAGAAUUGUGGCACCUUAACUGUAUAUUUUUUGGGGGAAGGAGUGGUUAGAACACAGGAUAAGUGAUUAAAAGCAUAAUUAUAACUCCUCUGAGUGGGCUGUAGAGAGCCCCACAUGUUCAGGUUUUGACAAGACUACCAGUUAUGGCAUUUACUAAUUACAGCAGUCUGAAUCGAGCCCAGCUGACAUUUGAAUAUCUACAUACAAAUUCAACCACCCAUGAGUUCCUGUUUGGAGCCCUUGCUGAACUCGUGGACAAUGCCAGAGAUGCUGAUGCCACCAGGAUAGAUAUUUAUGCAGAGCACCGGGACAACCUCCAGGGAGGCUUCAUGCUCUGCUUCCUGGACGAUGGCGCCGGAAUGGAUCCAAGUGAUGCCGCCAGCGUCAUACAGUUUGGGAAGUCGGCCAAGCGGACCCCCGAAUCCACGCAGAUCGGGCAGUACGGCAACGGCCUGAAAUCGGGCUCCAUGCGUAUCGGCAAGGAUUUUAUUCUCUUUACCAAGAAGGACGACACCAUGACCUGCCUCUUCUUGUCUCGCACGUUCCAUGAGGAAGAAGGCAUUGACGAGGUGAUUGUGCCGCUGCCCACCUGGAACGCCCGGACCCGCCAGCCCAUUACGGAAAACAUGGACAAGUUUUCCACCGAGAUCGAGCUCAUCUACAAGUAUUCGCCCUUCAAAUCGGAGCAGCAAGUCAUGGAUCAGUUUAAGAAGAUCUCUGGGGAGACGGGAACGCUGGUCAUCAUUUUUAACCUCAAACUCACGGACAAUGGGGAGCCUGAGCUGGACAUUGUGUCGGACCCCCGGGACAUCCAGAUGGCGGAAACGUCCCCCGAGGGCACGGAAAGUCGGCAGAAACGGCAGAACUGCAGAACCUGCAGGUUGGGUCCCCAGAACUUAGCUAUUUCCUCUCCCCUCAGCCUCCUAGGGAUCCCCUUGAAGAGCUGGAAGCCCGAGCGGCGCUCCUUUCGCGCUUACGCCGCCGUCCUCUACAUCGACCCCAGGAUGAGGAUAUUCAUCCACGGCCACAAAGUGCAGACCAAGCGGCUUUCCUGCUGCUUGUACAAGCCCAGGAUGUACAAGUACACCUCGAACCGCUUCAAGACCAGAGCAGAGCAGGAGGUGAAGAAGGCGGAGCACGUGGCUCGCAUAGCGGAAGACAAGGCUCGAGAGGCUGAGAGCAAAGCCCGAGCGCUGGAGCUGCGCCUCGGAGGAGACCUCACGCGGGAGUCCAGGGUGGCUCUGCGGCAGGUCCAGGGCACAGCCAUUAACCUGCGCCGGGAAGCCGACAUCAAGAAGCGCAUCAGGGAGGCCAAACAGCGGGCCCUCAAGGAACCCAAAGAGCUGAACUUUGUCUUUGGGGUGAACAUCGAGCAGCGGGAUCUGGACGGCAUGUUCAUAUACAACUGCAGCCGCCUGAUUAAGAUGUACGAGAAGGUGGGCCCUCAGCUUGAGGGAGGCAUGGCCUGCGGGGGCGUCGUCGGCGUGGUGGACGUGCCCUACCUGGUCCUGGAGCCCACCCACAACAAGCAGGACUUUGCGGACGCCAAGGAGUAUCGGCACCUGCUGAAGGCCAUGGGCGAGCACCUGGCCCAGUACUGGAAGGAUGUGGCCAUCGCCCAGCGGGGAAUCAUCAAGUUCUGGGAUGAGUUUGGCUACCUCUCGGCCAACUGGAACCAGCCCCCGUCCAGCGAGCUUCGCUACAAACGGAGACGAGCCAUGGAGAUCCCCACCACCAUCCAGUGCGAUCUGUGUCUGAAGUGGCGGACGCUGCCCUUCCAGCUGAGCUCCGUGGAGCGGGACUAUCCCGACACGUGGGUGUGCACCAUGAACCCCGACGCCGAGCAGGACAGCUGUAACGCCUCUGAGCAGAAGCAGAAGGUUCCCCUGGGGACCCUGAAGAAGGACUUCAAGACCCAAGAGGAGAAGCAGAAACAGCUGACGGAGAAGAUCCGGCAGCAGCAGGAGAAGCUGGAAGCCCUGCAGAAAACGAUCCCGAUCCGAUCCCAGGCUGAUCUGAAGAAGUUACCCCUGGAAGUGAGCAGCAGGUCUGGCGUGGAGGAGUCCCACGGCACCCGUCGACUUCCACGCCCUAGGUCCCCCCCGUUGCCAGCUGUGAUUAAGAAUGCUCCGAGCCGCCCCCCACCCCCACCUCCCCCACCCCCACCAACUCCCAGACCAGCCUUCCCGACCAGAAGGGGCGCGCUGUCCAUCUCCCCGAGACCGGGCCAGUCGCCGACCCAGGAGGAAGCCAGCACCUCCAGGAUGUCUCACCCACCUCUGACCCCCCGGAAGUCCAGCGGCUCCAUUGUCAAACCGGCUCACAGAGUGGUCUCCGUGGUGAGGUCCCCCACACCGCCUGUGCUGAAUUCCAGGCCCCCCUGUGACGUGCCCAUCCCCAAACCGGUGAAGACCCCAGUGCUCAAGAAGCCAGACCCGCCCAGUAAAGCUCAGAUCGUCAGCGCCCGGAAGAGGAGCUUUCCCCUCACGGAGGACGAGGCCGAGGAAGAUGUGGAGAGGAGGAAGGAGAAAUCCAAGCGGGGCAAAGUCCUCGUGGUGAAAGAUGAGAAGAAGGAGUCGAGUGAAGUCGUGGUGGAGCUCUCAGACAGUGCCAGCGAAGAAGACCUGGCGGAGCUGAGACGAGCCCAGAAAGAUAAAGGGCUGCACGUGGAGGUGCGCGUGAACAAGGAGUGGUACACGGGCCGCGUGACGGCCGUGGAGAUGAGCAAGCACGUGGUGCGCUGGAAGGUCAAGUUCGAUUACGUGCCCACGGACACCACGCCCAGAGACCGCUGGGUGGAGAAAGGCAGCGAGGACGUGAGGCUGAUGAAGCCCCCCUCGCCCGAGUACCAGAGCCCCGACACCCAGCAGCAGGAGGACGAGGACGUGAUCGCCAUCGAGCCCUCGACCUCCGAGUGCAUCCGCAUCGAGCCGGACACCACCGCUCCCAGCAGCAGCCAUGAGACCGUGGAUCUGCUGGUCCAGACCCUUCGGAACUGUCUCCGCUACUUCCUGCCCCCCAACUUCCCCAUCUCAAAGAAAGAGCUGAGCUCCAUGAGCCCGGACGAGCUGAUGGCCUUUCCUCUGAAGGAGUAUUUCAAGCAGUACGAGGUGGGGCUGCAGAAUCUGUGCAACUCGUACCAGACCCGGGCGGACGCCCGCGCCAAGGCCUCCGAGGAGAACCUCCGGGCCUCCGAGCGGAAGCUGCGAGAGACCGAGGAGAAGCUGCAGAAACUGAGGACGAACAUUGUGGCCCUGCUCCAGAAAGUGCAAGAGCAGCAGAAGGUCCUUCUGGCUGGGGGGAUGGUCCUCCUGGAAGCCCCGCCCCCCCUCCCUCUGCCCCUGCCGACGCACCCGGGUGGUGGGAUGAAGGCGCCAGAGGAGAGGGACUCGGCGGAAGAAGCAGGCGCGGGCCGGGCGUCCUCGCGGGAGGAGCCUCACCAGCUGCUGCCGCUGGCCCUAGUGGACACUCCCUGAUAAUAAAAGGUUUAAAACUCUGUGCCCUCCCCUCUUUGUUUCUUCCUCUGCUGGCUUGAGGAUGCUCCCCCCCUGGCCACUGAGUGACCCAGGGCUCGAACCCCAUCCCAGCCAUCUCUGCUGGGUGCCCCGGGGUCCGUCCCUCAGUUUCCCCUUCUGAAAAAGGAAGACUCUGCGACUCGAUGGCUUCUAAGGACCCUCGUGGUGUGGGGCUGACCCCUGGAACACCAAACCUGGCGCCGACUGCGUGGGCACACUUGGCACCGCCGCCGGAUCCUCGGAAGAGCCCCGGAGGGGCAGCGGCCACACGUGCCUGGGAUGUACGGCGUGACCUCGAGCGGAUGUGCACAUAGAUCUUUGGGGGGGUUGGUGAGGCUGGUCUACACCUGUUACUUUACUGGCCCAGGGCAUCGAGAGGCAGAGGAGGCUGACCUUGACGUGCGAGUCCCUGGGAGGGAGGUCACGGCCAUCGCGCUCCGCUGCUGGACUCGGGGAGACCCAGGCCACCGCGGCUCUCGUGUAAAAUGGGGACCAGCAGCCCUGGGGGGGCUGGGAAGCCUGACAGCGCGCUCCGUGCCCCAGCUGCUGCUAUUGUCGAGGAGCCCGGAGCGCCGAGAGGUGUUCGUCUUGCCGGUGGCAGGCAGGGACUGAAUCCAGCUCCGUCCUCCCGGCCCGGGCCUGUCCGCCUCGGAGACGGGGACCGCUAAGCUCCACCUGGAUCCCCAUGGGCCGUAGGUCGACUUCCUUUUAAAAUCUGUCUGUGGAAUCGUCUUUGUAUCUGUCAUGUUGCACUUUGAGUGGCCCGGGCCGCCCUCCUGCAGGGCCCGGGCCGGUCUCUGACCUUCCCCGCCCCCAAAGGAUGCGGCUUGAGAGCUUGCUGUCCCUUGUGGGCGACUGCACGGCUUUCUUUGGGUCUGGCGCUCUCCUUCUCUCCCCUCUCUCCUAGGCCCCCAGGUCCUUCUGGGUCCUGGGCCUUCCCGCUGACGCCGAGGGAGCGCACGUGCCGAGGACAGACGGAGCGGGCUCCCCCGUCAGCGGGGACCGGCAGGCGUCUCCGGCCUCAGUGUCCCCAAGAAGACCGGCCUGAGCACCCCGGGAUCCAGCCAGGUCCAGCCGGGGCCUCUUCCUUCUUCCAGGAAGCCUUGGGGUUUGUGCGACUCGGGGCCCAAGACAGGCCAAGGACUGUAGAAGAAUCGUGGGGUGGUCCCUGCUCACCCUCAAGACCAGGGAGUUGGGGGAUAGGUUUCACCUGACAGGUGAACUUAAUAAGAACAAUCAUAAGACUAGAAGGUGGACAGCAAGAAGCCCCAGAGCCCUGGGCGGCAUUGAUCACGGGACUACCCCAUCUCUCCCGAGACAGUUUCUGCCUCCCACUGGCCAGGAGCAGCCGGAGGAUCCUGGAGGCAGGAGGACUCCUCUCCCUGAGUUCAAAUCUGACCUCAGACACUGCCUAGUGACACUGGGCAAGUCACUUCACCCUGCCUGCCUCAGUUUCCUCGUUUGUAAAAUGCACUGGAGAAGGAAAUGCCAAGAAAAUGCUGAAAGGGGUCACAGACUGACCAGGAAGUGGGCUCAGUUCCCGCGGAUCUCAAGGGCACGGCCCUUCCCCCAGCCUGGAAGCCUGCACCCAGGAUGCUCUUUGCCAGCGCCGACAUUUGUCUAAGGCUGAUCACGAAACUGAUGGGAUGUUGUCGGCAAAGACAGACUUUCCUAAAUGGCCCAAAGCUGGGCCCUCUUGCUUCUCGGGAGCGGGGUCCCAUGGCUGUUGCUGCGAUUUCAUCCUGGUCCCGUCACCCUGACCCCCGACCUUCGGGAAGAAGAGCCUGACGGGGAGUCACCCCAGCUUCCUUCCUUUUGGGACUCCAUCACUCAAGUGUCCGCGGGGAGAGCAACGCCCUGGUCACAAAUGGCCUUGUGUCCUGGGAGAAUGUGGACAGAGGUGGGUUCAGAGGUGACUCGGCCUUAUCGAUCAUCCCCGGGCGCCCGAGGCCUCGGAGAAGGUCAUGUCGGACACCACACGAGCCACAGACGCUGCGGAUCCCGGAGGUGGGGCAGGCCCGGGAAGGCCCCGCCCAGGCUCAGACUGCCCUGCGUGACCCGGCCGGGUCCUCCCUUCCCCCACCUCAGCAUCCUCAUCUUUGUAGGACUGUGAAGCUCAAACAAGUUACUUGUGAAACCCUGUAUCAAUGUUAACCAUAAUUAUAUACAAUGAUUUCAA